AUGGAAACCCCCCGUCUGCCGCCAUCUACACGAGCGUUCCAAAAAUUCACGAAGGACACGCGCAGGAUGCUGAUAGGCAAAGGAAGGGCUCAGGCUGAUGUUACUAGUAAGAGGUUUACACCAGGUCCUAUCAACGCUUUACCACCAGAGAUCCUGGGGGAAAUUUUCCUUGCGAGUCUCGGCAAAAUAUUUCCAGUCCACGAUGAUGACUCAAUCCCACCUCUGCAGUUCUGUCGUGUCUGUACCUAUUGGCAACAGACAGCAUUGUCAACACCAGGUCUUUGGACACGACUCUUGAUCAAUCGUUCUGAUGUCACUCAAGAGAUCAAUGUCAUGAGCAAGCGGUUCUCGUCUGCAGGAAAGCUUCCCUUAUCUCUUCGGAUUGAGAAUGGGCCACACCCUAGCUCAUUUCCAUUGUUCAGGGUUCCCCUUCAGUACAUGGGGCGUAUCCACAACUUGGAGUUCAGUGUGCUUCGAAUAGAAGAGGCGGUGCGACAGCUCAACAUCAUUGUGGACCAUGGGACAGCUUUAGAGCGACUCGUCGUCCAAUAUAAUCAGUCGACAAGCUGGUCGAAUGCCCCCAGCCUCUUGCCGCUCCCCAGGCUCCAUAAAUUGAAACGACUCGUGCUUUCAAACCUUCAAUCAGAUCGACACUCAUAUGACGGGAGCUUAGACAAUAUGCCGUGGAACCAGCUCACACACUUGUCGAUGGUGGAUGUCCCGAUAAUGCCCUUGAUGUUAAUGGCGUUCCUCCGACGAUGUCCACAUCUUCAGCACGGAUUCUUUGCCCUCAGCAAUCUACUACAUCCUACGAAUCAAUGGACUACGUUGCUCCACGGAGAUACCGUGUUCCCCUCCAUGAUUUCCCUCAAGGUUGUCUUCAAGUAUGCCGGAGAAUGGGGGAUCCUUGAUGGUCUUUCUUUUCCAUCAUUGAAGACGCUCUGCCUCGGCAGCACGUCAGAACUCAGUACUUGGAAUUCCACGACAUCCGCCACCCUUCAUACGCCUCUUCUCAGGAACCUAAUACUUUUCAAAAUCAGGAUCCAGUAUCCUGAUCUCAUCGAAUUCUUGAAGACAAAGGCCAGCCUGCGGGUUCUGGUGCUGGACUCUCCUUUAGAAUUUUCUCCCCUCUUCGAAAAGCUUUCCCACAUUGGCGAGAACAUCUUUCUACCAAAUCUCAUCCGACUCUCGAUAUAUCAUUGGCGCUUAAGGAAAAAUCGUCCUUGUAAAAUUGACGUCAGAGCGCUUGGCCAAAUGAUACAUGCCCGAUGGUACCCCAGGUCCACAAAACCCAGACCAGUUCGAUCACCGUUGUCUUCGGUAUCGCUACGGAUGUCGAGCGUUCCUCCAUACCUCAUUGGUAUCAAGUUGCGGUCUUCCCUUGUCGCACAGGGACUUUUUUUGCAUAUUGGGUCGGCAGAAAAUGGGUAUUCGCUGAAGAAAGAGGUAGAUUGGUAA